CCCCCAGAUCCCCCCCAGCCCCCCAAACCUCCCCCCAGGUUGGGGUUCCCACCGGGGUCUCCUGGGGGGGACACCCCAGCUCGGUUGUUGGUGAGAGCAGAGCCUGUGGGGGGUGUCUUGGAGCCCCCAGACUCACCAGUGCCCCCCCAAAAAUGAGGGUCCCCCUUCCCUGAGCCUUUUCCUCCCCACUCCCCGGGACAGGACACCCCAUGGAUGAGGACCGACCCCUCUUCGUGACCUUCAAGGGUGAGGAUGGCACAGGCAGAGCCAAACCAGCACCCAAAACAACCCCCAGGCAGCCCCCGAGGGCACAGCAGGCGUGGGGACAGCACCGCAGGGUGCCUCCAGGCUUCUGGUCACCUCCAGCAGCCCAAGCCCAGGCUGGGAGGGAGGCCCUGCGUGCCCACACCAGGCUGUGGUUUGAGCAGACACAAGCCCAGAGGUUGGGGGACCAUGGGGAGCUCCCCUCGUGGUUCCACGGCUUCAUCAGCCGCAGGGAGGCAGAGGAGCUGCUGCAGGAUCAGCCCCUGGGCUGCUUCUUGGUGCGAUUCAGCGAGAGCACCGUGGGCUUCGUCCUCUCCUACAGGGGCAGGGAUCGCUGCCGCCACUUUGUCCUGGACCAUCUGCCCGACGGGCGCUACGCGAUCCUGGGGGAGCGCAGCGCCCACGCCGCGCUGGCCGAGCUGCUGCAGCACCACGCCACGGCCCCGCUCACGCCGUACCGCGAGUUCCUCACCGUGCCCCUGCCCUGCGCACGGCAAGAGAAGCCCCCAGGGCGGGCACAGCCCCCGGUUGGCAGCGAUGCUGCCCGUUCCCCACCCAGCCAAGCCCCAGCGGAGCUCCCGGGGCACCGCUCCGCGUCCCUGAGGUCCGCCAGGGAGGCUCCCGGUGCCCCUCCGCCGUCGCUCCCGGCCAAAAGCGGCUCCCGGGGCGCGGCUCGGGGGGUGCUCAGCCCCUCCGGCAGCACGGCAGCAGCGCCCGAGGCUCCCUAUGCUCAGGUGCACAAGGAAUCAGCCCACCCCGAGCCCCACGAGGCCAAGUACCAGCAGCUCAUGUGCUUCCACAUCUACGCCGAGCCCCGCGAGGAGAUGGCCCCCAGCACCCCCAGCAUCCCCGAGGGUCCCAUCCCCGAGGGUCCCACCCCCGAGGGUCCCACCCCCGAGGGUCCCACCCCCGAGGGUCCCAUCCCCUUCUAUGCCAUGACCCGCGGUUGGAGCCCCCGCACCAGCCCCGAGGAGAACAUCUACGCCGAGGUGGGGCUGGCCUGGCAGGAUGCACCCCCUCGGCUCCCCACGGCACCCCAAAACACCUUCUCCACGCUGCCCCCCAAAGCCCGGCCCCACCGCCGGCUCUUCCGCAGCGUUUCCAGCCAGGACGGCAAGAGGAGGCAGCCGGCAGCAGCUCCCAGCAGGGAGAGGAGGGACACAGGCACACAGGUUGCUGCGAGCCCCGAGCUGGAGCUGGAUGAUCCCGUGUACAGGAGCUCCCGCAGGGACCCGGCUGAGAACGUGUACGAGCAGCUGCCUGGGGACUGCCCCUGAGCUCAGGUGGGCUCAGGACAGCCCCUGGCUCCCCUCAGCCUCCACCCCACUGCAAACCCCUUGGCCAUGGGAGGAGAUGUCCAAGGCUGCUGUUGGCCCCAGCUGGUGAUGCCAAUCUGCUCCACCAGGAGCUUUUCCAGCUUCCCAACCCCACAGGGGGAGCAGGGUUACCUCACCCAUAAACACAUUCCCAGAGACUUCUGUUAAUAAAAUGACAAAAAGGGCUGUUAGAGGAAAAACAGGGAUGGGUUUGGCACAGUUGGAGCAUGCAGUUGGAUAUCAAACUGGCCAGAAACUGGAGUGAUGCUGCACUGAACCUCCCCAGCCUGGAGCAAACCCUCCUGCUUCCUCAGGCACAAAAUUUGGGGUGACACCACUGUCCCAAGGCUGUCCCGUGGGGCACAAAGCCUGGCAAGCCACAGUGGACCUGGACUAGGAGCCAUUGGAGGGAAAAGGAGGGUUGGGGGACUGUGGGUGUUUUAUCUCUGGGAAUAUUCCCUUCUGACCGUUCACAAACCUGGAUUUUGUUGCUCUUAGAGGGCUGAAAGUGGAACAUGAGCCCUUGGAACUCCCCUUGGUGCUAAACCCAAGAUUUUAUCCCAAUUUAAAAUGGAAAGGGGAACCUGGGAGCUGCAGCCCCACACAGGCUGUGCUCCACGCUGCAAACUCCCGGGCCAAGAGGGUACCUGGAUGAGGAUCCGAGCCCCACGGGAUGGAAACGGGGCUGGGUGGGUUCAUUUACAAGUAAAUUCCUUUAUCAAAUCUCUUCUGGGAGGAUUUCACUGUACAUACAAGAUAUGAAUAAAUUACUCAACAGUAACUUUUAUUCUGAUCAUUCAAAUACUCAAAACAGGCUCUGCAAAGUACUAAACAUACAGGGAGCUAAACUAAAAAUGAGAUUAGUUUAAAAUGCUCUAAGAAAAGACUUCAGUCAUGGGGGUUUGCCUGUUUUUAAGAGGUAACAUGGGAGAAAAAACAACCUCUUGGGAGUUCUUCUUACCAGAAUAACAAAUAUUGGCCAUUUGAGCUGUGGUUACAACAAAUAAAACCCAUAGGGGUGGGAAUAUAAGUUAAAUAACCAGGCCAGCUCUCUGCUCCCUUCAGCAUCACAUGCUUUGGUGAACAACAACGUGAUGCCACGGAUUUGGAUCCAUGGAUUGGGCCAGCAGAGCUGCACAGGUUUUGCAGUCACAUCACCUCGACAGAAUCCCUUAAAUUAAAAAAAAAAAAGGUUUGAUUUGAAGAAAUUAGGGCUGGGCAGUCGCCUCUUCCCAGCCAGGAGGGUAAAGU